UAGGCAGCAUCAUCGAACAGCUGUCUACAGAAAAAAGUAGAUCCCCUCCCCACUGAAUUCAGGUAUGUUUAGCAAGCAUCAAACACUGCUGGGACAAGUGUGUCAACAAGUACAAAUGCCAGAUUAUAAUGUUAGUUCUGCACAUGUUUAUGAUUGAACGAUACUUGCAAAUCAUUUGUGGGUUAGCGUGCAUGUGCCACGUACUCAGAUUUUGCAUAUAAGAUGCUAUAUGAGUGUCAGCAUUGAUUUGAGAUGCUACUAAUGAUAAUGCUGAAAUAUUUGAAAUGGGGAAGGGGAACAACCACAACGGCUUUGGAGCAAUAAAGAUCCAUUUGAUGCCGUCGCCAUAACCACAAGCAAACACACCACUAACUAUUGUGGUAAGUGAAGAGAACAGUAAAUGCCUAAUGAUGACAGUAACAGCUAAAAAAAAUGUCCCUUCUCUCCAGAUAUUUCAAUACAUACUGUACAUUCGUGUGCAAUUGUCAUGCAAACAGAGUCGUCAUUCCAUUUGGGAGAUUGUGCAAGCAUAUUUUACAAUGCCAGCCAUUCUGGCCAAAUUUGUUUCAUUGGCAUUACUCAACUUUUGGCAUGAUUAACUUAAAGGGGAUAUUUGAAGUAAAUCUUAACUAAAAAGGCCAUUACUACCUAACCUUUUAUUUUCAUCACUCCCAAAACUAUUGUAUUUUACGGAGGUUGUGUGAUUUGCAUGUUACGUGUGUCACUCUCUCCAGCUCGCAGUGCUUUAAACAUUUUAGUUGCCAGAUUUCCUUUUUGGAUUGUGGUCCUGAGUCACACUGAACCUGCUUUUUCUUUUUUCUUUUUUUUUCUCCUCCUUUUCUUAAAAACACAUAAACCUCCAUGGUGAAGUCACAGUUUGGAGAGGAGAACUGGAAACUAUUGUUGUUUAUCAACCUAACUGACAUCCAUCACCUUUAUUUUAUUGCUCUUCCAGAUCUCUGCUGUUUGUAGCAUUAAUAGAAGAGUCCACGUUUAUAUGUGGAUCUCUGCUGCGUAAUAAGUUAGUAUUGGAUCAGAAUGUGACCCAAAUGAGAACAUUUUCAAACAAUUCAUAAAUGACAGGAACUGGAACUGUGCAAAUUGUGUAUUUGGAGCAAGACUUUCGCAGCAGUGUGUUCUUGAUUCUCUUUUUAUGGUACACUUAGUAUAAACAACGAUUUGUUGCUACUUUUUAUCAUUCCACUGUCUGUGUUUUCUCUGCAGUAUCUAUGUAUUCCGAGGAUGCUACAGAUGACUUCUUAUUAGAGCUAGUUUUAGAAAUAAAAAGUAUAAGAGGAAACACUGUGAUCACAGUAAAAAUAUUCUUACAGUAACAGUUAUUGUAUAAAAGUUUCAGUAUUAUAUGUUGUCAAGUAGUUUUUAUUAACCCUCCAAAACUUUAAACCUCACCCCAGCAGGUUUCAAAGGCACAUUUCCUGUUUUUUUUUUCUACCAAUAAACAGAGCAAGAAACUGUGAAACUUUCCAGGAAUUAAUCAUAUAAGAUGCACAGUUCUGUCAUAAAAAUACUCAAAAGUAAGCAUAAAAGGUGAAAUAUUACAUCAAAAAUUAUUGAUUCUACAUGUGUGUUUUAAAUAUUUUACACCAGACCCUGUAAAGCACAAAAAAGUUUGCACAAGUCACGAGUGACUCAGCUUUGACCAGCAGUGACAAUGAGAGACAAGAGAGACUAGAUUAAAGUAAAACAAAUGUGAUCGAUACAAGAGGAGCGAUUUGUCAGCAAGUUGUUACAUUCUGCAUGCUAAAGUAUCUUUAUAGAGCUGAUGUGCAAAGUUGGGUUGAAAAACGUACAUGUUGAGUCUGUUUUUGUGUUAAACAAAUAAUCAGACAUUUAACCUUCAUUUUCAGUUUAGUUCAGUUCAUUUUCGACUCUCUUUAGUUUUAGUUACAGUUGUGCUUUUUCCAUAGAGGUACAGGACUUCAUAUUGCAGUGAAAAAUGAGCCUACAGUGUGUAAAAAUAUGACAGGAGCAAAUAAACACCCAGAACCUGCUAAAGGUUCAGAGGGUUAAGCAGCCUCUAUCCAACUGGACGAUACAGAUUCCACACUAUUACUAAAGCGGUUACUGAAGUCUUUUUUUCCAUCAUGGACAUUAUAACGUUGGUGAUUAAUUACCUAAAAAGAACACAUUCAAAAUGAUUAAAACCCAUCGUGAGAAAUUAUAACUGAGUUGCUACCAUUUUUUAAUGAGAGCAAGUCUGUGGAGUUUUUCAGCUUUUUCCAGGCUAAACUGAUUUAAUCUGGUGUACUCUGGUCACUGCAGAAGCCUUUUAUCAUCACUGAGCAUCAUUAAAUCCUUGUAUGUCUGACUAACUGUUCACUACUGUUUCUAAUUUCUGUCAGGUUAGUGAGUCCAAAGCAAGUCGCCCCAUUUGGUAAGAAACUCUGUUCUUCACCCCCCUUUUCUUUUUUCCCCUCCAAAUGGAAUGCACAUUUCCAAUUGACGCAAACCAUCCUUGAGAUGUAUCCUAUCGGUACGCAAAGGCUUACCCACAUUUAGUGCUAGGAUCCCUCUUCAGGGCUCCAAGAAUGAGACACUGACACCGCAGAGGGAAGCCUUGGCAAAAGGCUGACAGUCUCCAGACGCAAGACACCGCUUGCCAGCAAAGGGGAAGCAUCCAAAGUAUCUGUUGUAUUGGAGGUCAUUUUCGUGUUCUAUUUUUCUGUCUCGCAGUGGAGACAUAGUUGGGAUUCUCACUUGAUAUUUUGUUAAUUUAUGACACUUUUAGUCAAAAUACAGCAUCGUACUUUUAUAUCAACUUGUGUUAAGGUAAGGCAUCACCAGGAUUUUUUAAAUUCAGGAAAUUCCACUACUGUUUUGCUGAAAGAGCUGGCAAAGAAUUUUUAAAAACCACAAAUAGCAGCAUUUAUCCCCAUUCUGCUGUUAUUAAUUGGAAUAACAAUUCAUAUUUGAAGUGCACCCACUGUUUCUGUAGCUAUUUACUUUGGUUUUGGUUUCUUAAUCGCGGUAACUUUGCCCCUGCGGAGUGAAAACAGCACCACAUCCCUCCAUCUCCUCCCCAGUGAAAGUGAAUUAGCCCCAGACACAGCGGGGAAGGUGGGUUUGAUAGGGAGGGGACGGUGGGCAUCGCAGAGGGGGGGAGGGGAGGUCUCACCAAUCCCCUUCCAUCCCAGCCUCCGCGUGUGAGCACGGGUAAGAAAAUUACGCCAUCGGAAGGUAAUUAUGUAACUCUGUCUCUUAACAACCCACCACAAACUGCUCAGACCCGACAGACUUUGAUUGACAGCCUCUCUGCGAGCCUCUAUAUAAGGAGGAGGGAGGUGGGCGCCUCAGUCACUGUUGUGCCUCAGGUCCUCCAGACUGUGGAUGUAGCGAACCAAAGUGGACUUUACGCAUUUUACGCACGGGCUUUAACGGGAAAUACCGCUUCUUAUUCAUAUAAAUCUCACCUCAAAUCAUCAAAUAAGUUCCCAAUUAGCGAUUUUGACGCGACUUUUUAAUUUUCUUGUCGCUGGAUAUCUGACAGAAUAUUAAGAUAAAAGCUGAAAUCGUCAGGUAAGUCUGGCUACUUUGACGGCACAGUAGCCUUUUUAUUGUUCCUGUGUGGAGAGACAGUGACAGACGCAUUUCACAGCGAUGCACUGUAAUUCUUUACCUGUUGCAUGGAAAGACAAAAAGAUGCACCUGAAAUGCUACUUUAUUCCGUAACAAGUCAUUUUUCUUGAAAGUUUAAAUGUUGUUUUAUGCUGCAGAUAGUUUAUUGAAAGUCUUGGAAUUCUUUCAUCUCACAUUGUAGGAUUAUUAUCUGGCUUCGUUUAGUUUCUUUUACUCUUUUGUCGUAUUACUAGAUAGUGCAAAAUUAGGUGUAAACAGAUUAUUCUAGGAUGUUGGAAAAAGUCCAAAGAAUCAUAAAAACUAAUAAAAAAAUCAUCUCUUUGUUUCUUGAAGGAGACAUGAUACUCAGAAGAAGUCUCUUCUUGUUGCUAUUAUCACUUAAUUUCCUUCAAGCAUUACCUCAAGAUGGUGAGCAGGAGGAUGAGACAUCAUUUGAUUUGUUUGAAAUCAGCCAAAUCACGCGUAAAACUCUGGGGGCCAAACAGUUCCGGGGCCAAAACUCAGAUGCCCCUGCCUACCGCUUCAUCCGCUUCGACCACCUGCCCCCAGUGAGCCCCCCCAUACUGAAACAAAUCCUACGCCAGUUCCAAAACAACGAAGGCUUUGUGUUUGUAGCCAGCAUACGUCAGGACCGUGCCUCUCGGGGCACCCUGAUUGCUCUGGAGGGUUCUGAUGGCCAGCGGCAGUUUGAGAUUGUGUCCAACGGACGUGCCAACACUCUGGAUCUGGUAUACUGGGUGGAUGGCUCGCAGAACGUGAUUUCAUUCGAGGAUGUGGACCUGUCUGACUCGCAGUGGAAGAAUAUCACGCUUCAUAUUCACGGGGAGAAUGCAAACCUGUUUGUGGGCUGCAGCCUGAUCGACAGCAUCAUCCUGGAUGAGCCGUUCUACGAGCACCUGCAGGCUGAAGGAGGCCGCAUGUAUGUGGCAAAGGGAUCCAUCCGUGAGAACCAUUUCAGGGGCCUUCUUCAGAAUGUGCGUUUCAUCUUUGACACCUCAGUGGAUGAUGUCCUCCUGAGCAGAGACUGUGAGGUCACGAAACAAGACGAUGCCAAUAUUGUGAGUGAGAGCACAGAGAUUGUGGAUGUCAGUCCUUCCAUCACUACAAACAUUAUAGGUCAGAAGACAGAUGACUUGGGAGCAGAAAUGUGUGAACGUUCCUGCGAGGAACUUAGCACAAUGUUCCAGGAGCUCAAGGGCCUUCGCGUUGUCGUCAGCAACCUUAUUGAUGGCUUGCAAAAAGUGACAGAGGAGAACACAGUCAUGAAGGAGGCCCUUGGGAGGAUGAAGGACUCUAAAGAGAAAAACAUGUGCUGGCAGGAUGGACGCCUGUUUGAUGAUAAGGAAGACUGGGUUGUAGACAGCUGCACUAAAUGUACCUGUCAGGAGUCCAAGAUUGUCUGUCACCAGAUUACAUGCCCCCCAGUGGCUUGUGCCAGUCCCUCGUUUCUCGACGGCGAGUGUUGCCCUGUGUGUCUGCCUAUAGCGGUUGAGGACGGCUGGUCGCCUUGGUCAGAGUGGACGGAGUGCACAGUCACCUGUGGAAUAGGAACCCAACAGAGGGGUCGGUCAUGUGAUGCGACCAGCAACCCCUGCACCGGACCUUCAAUCCAGACUCGCAAGUGCAGCCUGGGCAAAUGUGACAGGCGGGUUCGCCAGGACGGAGGGUGGAGCUUGUGGUCGCCGUGGUCGUCGUGCUCGGUGACCUGCGGAGAAGGACAGAUCACCAGGAUACGGCACUGCAACGCUCCCGUGCCACAACUGGGAGGCAAAGACUGCGAGGGAAGCGGGCGAGAGACUCAGCGCUGCACUGCCCAGCCGUGUCCCAUCGAUGGGGGCUGGGGGCCGUGGUCUCCGUGGGCAACCUGCUCAGCAACAUGUCGAGGUGGAAGCAAAACUCGUACUCGUGAGUGCAACAGCCCUCAGCCUCAGCACGGCGGCAAGAAGUGCAUCGGGGAAGCCAUCGACAGAGACAGCUGUAACACAAUUGAGUGUCCUAUUGAUGGCUGUUUGUCCAACCCCUGCUUUGGGGGAGUGGAUUGCAGCAGCUCUCCAGAUGGAUCCUGGGAGUGCGGCCCAUGUCCUGCUGGUUUUCGUGGAAAUGGUACCCAUUGUGAAGACAUUAAUGAGUGUGACAUGGUGCCUGAUGUUUGCUACAAAGUGAGUGGACAGCAGCGCUGCAUCAACACCGAUCCAGGUUUCCACUGCCUGCCUUGUCCAAAGCGUUAUAAGGGCACCCACCCGUACGGUAUGGGGGUGGAGGAUGCCAAGAUGAAAAAACAAGUGUGCGAACCAGAGAACCCAUGCAAGGACAAGACCCACAGCUGUCACAAAUAUGCCAACUGCAUCUACAUCAGCCAUUUCAGUGACCCAAUGUACAAAUGUGAGUGCCGAACUGGCUACGCUGGAGAUGGCUUCAUUUGUGGCGAAGACUCAGACUUGGAUGGCUGGCCCAAUCAGAACCUUGUGUGUGGUGCCAACGCCACUUAUCAGUGCAAGAAGGAUAACUGCCCAAGCCUUCCCAACUCUGGACAAGAAGACUUUGACAAAGACGGUCAAGGAGAUGCUUGUGACAAGGAUGAUGAUAACGAUGGAAUUCUGGAUGAAAGGGACAACUGUCCCCUCCUUUACAAUCCUCGCCAGUUUGACUUUGACAAAGAUGAAGUCGGCGACCGCUGUGACAACUGUCCUUAUGAGCACAACCCUGCUCAGAUAGACACUGAUCACAACGGAGAAGGGGAUGCCUGUGCUGUAGACAUUGAUGGAGAUGAAAUUCUAAAUGAGAGUGACAACUGCCCCUAUGUGUACAACACUGACCAGAAGGACACUGACAUGGAUGGAGUUGGAGACCAGUGUGAUAACUGUCCAUUGCUGCACAACCCUGACCAGACGGAUGUGGACAAUGACCUCGUUGGAGAUCAGUGUGACAAUAACCAGGACAUCGAUGAGGAUGGUCAUCAGAACAAUCUAGACAACUGUCCCUAUGUGGCCAACGCCAACCAGGCUGACCAUGACAAGGACGGCAAAGGAGACGCAUGUGACUACGAUGACGAUAAUGACGGCAUACCUGACGACAAGGACAACUGCAGACUAACACCCAAUGCAGACCAGCUAGACUCUGAUGGUGAUGGAAGAGGAGAUGCCUGCAAAGAUGACUUUGACAAUGACAACAUCCCAGAUAUUCUUGAUGUGUGUCCGGAGAACAAUGCCAUCAGUGUGACAGACUUCAGGAAGUUUCAGAUGGUCCACUUGGAUCCAAAGGGAACCACUCAGAUUGAUCCCAACUGGGUGGUCAGACACCAGGGCAAAGAGCUGGUUCAGACAGCCAACUCUGACCCAGGCAUUGCAGUCGGUUUUGAUGAGUUCAAUUCUGUGGACUUCAGUGGAACGAUGUACGUGAACACAGACAGAGAUGACGACUAUGCAGGCUUUGUGUUCGGCUACCAGUCGAGUGGGCGCUUUUAUGUCGUGAUGUGGAAGCAGAUCACACAGACUUACUGGGAGGACAAGCCCUCCAAGGCCUUCGGCAUCUCUGGCGUUUCGCUCAAAGUCGUCAACUCAACCACCGGCACAGGAGAAAACCUCAGGAAUGCUUUGUGGCACACAGGCAACACCCCAGGACAGGUGCGUACUCUCUGGCAUGACCCCAAAAACAUUGGAUGGAAGGAUUACACAGCUUACAGGUGGCAUCUCAUCCAUAGACCCAAGACUGGUUUUAUAAGGGUUGUGGUCUAUGAAGGUAAACAGAUCAUGGCUGAUUCAGGACCAGUUUAUGACAAGACUUUUGCCGGGGGAAGGUUAGGCUUGUUUGUCUUCUCGCAAGAGUUGGUGUUCUUCUCCGACCUCAAGUAUGAGUGCAGAGAUAACUGAAUCAAGUCGGGCAGAAAAACAUCAGAGGGCAAAAGACAAGAAUCUCUCCAAAUAAACAUCACGUCAUCGCUGAAUCCGUUUCAAUGUAAAUGAGACUUUGCAUACUUCCAUGUUUUGCCUUAAUCCAUCCACUGGAGGAGAAACCGUGGCAGAUUUGAGUUUUCCUGAUGACUUUUAUACAUCUCCCAAACUGAGAAAGAGAAACUGAGAGAGAGGAGACAUUUUUUAAAAAGCCUCUGCAGAAUAUCUAAUUAUAACUAGCGUGCCUAUUUUACAUUCUCAGAUUUAUUGUACAACCACUUACACGCUGUAUGUGAUUUCCUACAGCAACUCGGUUGUUCUCCGUCUUUAACCUUCUGUUUUCUGAACAACUGAUCAUACAGAGUCUGACAAGCAUAAACUGUAACCAAAGCAUAAUCAUCCAUUACUAUUUCUCUUCAUGUUUUUUUUUCUUUAUGGAGAACUUGAGUGAACAAUUGAAAUAAGCCAUUUCAGUAAGUGCCAAAGAUGUUUAUACUAAGUCUGUACUAUAAUUCCUUUUGUAAAUUAUUUAUGCUCUGCUUGUUUUCGUUUGUUUGCAUUUUUUGCUAGUUUGUAAAUAAUUUAUUUAUUUGUUUACACUGACAAAACGUAUAAUUGAAUAUCACAAACGUCGAGAUAACACAUCAUAGUAUUGCAAGGUUCGUCGUGUUGUCGGGCACUCAUUUAACUAGUUCGUUUUUCCAGACCUUUCAGAUAAACUGAAGCAUAAAGGUAAACACCAGCUGCUUUUAAAUAAUCGUAUACAUGAACACGGCAGAUGUUCGCAGAUGUAUGUAGGUGUUAGUAGCUGCCAGAAAAAGUUCAUUCUGGAGGUUUAUUUACUUCACUGUCCAGACACGGCCUCAUUGUCCUCGAAGUGAUGUAUCGCUUUGGUAAUUUUUUUUUUCUGUGUUCAUUGGAGCUUGUAAAUAGUCAAAUUGGAUGCAAAUUGGGCUCCAUUUUCUCCUUUCUUUUACUUGUAAUUCGUAAACAUACAAAAAAUAAAGUCAAUUAAGGUAGUAACAUGAGUUUAAAAGGCAUUAAAAUAAAUGGAAUUGCAGUUAAGUACUUGAUUCUCGGCAAACUGAAUGUUAUUGACCAAGCACCGAGUGCUGCAACACCUGAGAGUCUGAGGUUCAACGGUCAGCCCAAAAGCCUUUUUACUUUUUUUUUUCAUUCACAUUUUAGUAUCACUUAUGGAUGUUGUGAAACUUUAUAGUGCUGGUUGAAAAGGAUCCAUAUGAAGGUGUCUAAAAGCAAAGUGUGACUGUGUGACUGACUUCGUUGUCAUUCGUCUGUAUAGCAUUCGUGUUCUUCCAUGUUUGGUUUCCAUCUUGUUCAUUCUGUUGAGAGUUUGCAAUGCACAAAAUGUAAAUGUGGUUUUUUUGUAUACUUGUGUUGUUAGAUAUACAUUUUCUACAAGCAUCAGUGUAAGAUUGUUCUGUUUCAUAAAUAAACCCCUUGUACAACGAA